AUGCAAGUUGGCUGUCUUCUCAACCAGGGCAGGAUAUCCAUCUACUCUGUUCUUGCUGAGUCCGUAACCCAUAUCCAAGAGACUGUCCGUUUUGCCCGAGACAACAACCUGCGCAUCGUCGUGAAGAAUACUGGCCAUUGCUUUCUUGGGAGAUCAUCCGCGCCUGGCUCUUUGCAAAUCUUCACCCACCGGCUGAAAAAUAUUACUUUCCACGAUAUAUUUACGCCCAAGGGGGGCGAGAAGCUGCAGAAAACCUACAGCUCAACUGUCAGCAUUGGGGCAGGUGUUCAGCUGAAUGAGCUAUAUGAUGCGGCCCAUGCCUACGGUCUCGUUAUAGUCGGAGGUUAUUCCACGACUGUUGGCGCCGCUGGGGGCUACAUACAAGGUGGAGGGCAUUCGAUGCUAGGGCCCUGGAAAGGGAUGGCUUCUGACAAUGUGAUAGAAUUCGAAUUAGUUACGGCCGAGGGGGAGCACCUGACAGCAAAUGAGUAUGUCAAUCAAGACCUCUUCUGGGCGUUGCGCGGAGGUGGCGGAGGCAGCUUUGGAGUAGUCACUAGCGUGACAAUCCAAGCCUACCCAGAUGCACCUUUACUCUCCGCAGACCUUCAUAUUGAGCGAGCGUCUGCCGAUACCGAGUUCUGGGACGCCGUUCAGGUACUAUUUUCAUUCCUUCCAUCAUUGAAUGACGCUGGCGCCGCUGGCUACAGUGCCAUAAUACCACGAAGUGGCCCUGAAAAGAAUGCGGUGGCGAGAGUUGAAACCCAGUUUAUAUUCCCAAAUGAAACCGAUGUGAAGCGCAUCCAUCGUGUUAUGGAGCCGCUUCUCCAAACUAUUAUAUCAGUCACCAGAGCGAAUCCAGAACUUCAGAUUCAGUCGAUGAAAACCUUCUACGACUACUUCCAGGCCCGCUUUGGAAAAGGUGACGUGACAGGUGGAGGGUCGGUGAUUGGAUCUCGCAUGCUAUCUCGCGAGUUUCUCGAAUCGUCUACCGGCCCUACAAACAUUUCCACAGUACUAUCGAAAAUCGAAUUGGCGACAGGUGAAGCCAUAAUGGGCAACUUUGUAGCGGGCGGGCAGGUCACUCGCAAUGGUGGCCAUAUCAGCAGCGCUCUCCACCCAUCAUGGCGUCGGGCGCUGUGCCACAUAAGCAUUGUUCGUGGCUGGCCAUCCAAUGCGAGCUUUGUCGAACAAAAAGCCAUCCAAGACCAGGUUACUUAUGUCCAGGUGCCCUUACUGAAAUCCCUGGAGCCUGGUCAGAUGGGCGCAUAUCUGAAUGAAGCCGACCCCUACGAACCAGAUUUCCAAAGCUCUUUCUGGGGAGAGAACUAUGCGAAGCUUUAUACAGUCAAGCGUAUGUGGGAUCCGAACGGGCUCUUUAUCACUCGCUUAGGGGUUGGAAGCGAGGACUGGGACGAGGAAGGCUUCUGUCGCAUCGGGCGGUGA